AUGGCUGAACAGAUUCCAGACCGUGUGAGUUUGUCUCUUUUGCUCGUGUGGGUGCUUUGGAUUUCCCUGGCCUCAUGCAGGACUAAAGAGACCGAAAUGGAGCCCAUGAUGAGCAGGUUCGAGCAAUGGAUGGCCAAACACGGCCGAAACUACACUGACGCAUAUGAGAAGGAACGACGAUUCAAGAUUUACCAGACCAACGUCGGCUUCAUCGAAACAUUCAACUCUCAAAAUCGCUCCUACAAGCUCAUAGACAACAAGUUCGCCGACCUGACAAACGAGGAGUUUAGAGCUACUCACAUGGGUUAUAGGUCCCACGUCGCACGUCCAUACAAGGUGGGAUGGUUCAUGUACGAGAACAAGACCUGGACUCCUGAGAAGAUGGAUUGGAGGCAGAAAGGGGCCGUGACGCCAAUCAAGGAUCAAGGCGCAUGUGGCUCUUGCUGGGCCUUCUCGGCAGUGGCAGCUGUGGAGGGCAUCAACAAGAUCAAGACUGGGAAGUUGGUGUCGCUAUCGGAGCAAGAGCUAGUCGACUGCGACAUUAGCGAGGAUGACGGCUGCAAUGGAGGAUUCAUGGACUACGCUUUCAAAUUCAUUGAAAGGAACCAUGGCCUCACGACGGAAGAGAACUAUCCUUACGAGGGACGUGAUGGCGUCUGCAACACUAAGAAGCGAAGGAAUCAUGCGGUCACGAUAAGUGGCCACGAGGACGUGCCGGCCAACAGUGAAAAGAGUUUGUUAGUUGCCGUUGCUCACCAACCAGUGUCCGUUGCGAUCGAUGGCGGCAGCACGGAGUUCCAGUUCUACUCUGAAGGGGUGUUUAACGGCGACUGCACAACUAAUCUCAAUCAUGGGGUUGUGGCGGUUGGGUAUGGAAAGGGAGACCAAGACAAAUACUGGCUGGUGAAGAACUCUUGGGGAACUGAUUGGGGUGAAAAUGGCUACAUAAGGAUGAGAAGAGGCAUUAAGGCUAAGGAAGGACUGUGUGGCAUUGCCAUGGAUGCUUCGUACCCUCUGAAGGAGUGUUAGGCUCCUUUGAAUGUGUGGCUGUCAAUGGGCUGGGGUCUGGCCCACUUAAACUGACAAAAUGUCUAGGGCUGGUCGGAUAGGCCUGGCCCGACUAGCCCAAAUCAAACCGGGGCCUGGUCUGACCGUUGACUGGCCUAAUAAUAAUCUUCAAU